CUGCGCUUGGCCGGCACAUCUGCCAAGUUGGGGCCGCGUUUCACCGGACUGUUUGUGGUGGACUCCAUCAUCAGCCCCGUCGCAGUCAAGCUCCGGUUGCCAGCCACCAUGAAGGUUCACCCCGUGUUCCACGUCUCCCUGAUCAAGCCGGUGGCGACCAGUCUCUUGGCUCCUUCUCCCACUCCGCCUCCUCCUCCGCGGAUCGUCAAUGGUGACCCUGUGUACACUGUGCGGACCAUCCUGGACUCUCGGCGCAGGGGUAAGGGGUUCCAGUAUCUGGUCGACUGGGAGGGCUAUGGGCCGGAGGAUCGGCAAUGGGUCCCCCGCUCCUGGAUCUUGGAUCCGUCCCUACUGCGGGAUUUCCACGCUUCUCACCCGUCUAAACCGGGUAGGCCGCCGGGAGGCGUCCGUUGA